UUUGGUGGAGGAGCUGGUGGGGGAUUUGGUGGAGGAUAUGGUGGAGCAGCUGGUGGGGGAUUUGGUGGAGGAGGAUUUGGUUCAGGUGGUGGUUUACUUGCUACCAAUGAAAAACAGACUAUGCAGAAUCUCAACGACCGUUUAGCUACUUACUUGGACAAAGUCAAGUCCUUAGAAGAGAGUAAUGCCGAGUAUGAGCGCAAAAUCAAAGAAUGGUAUGAAAAGCAACGUCCAUCUUCCACUACUGGUGCUGGAGCAUCAGACUACAUCAAAUAUUUUGAUAUUAUUGAAGACCUUCGUAAUAAGAUACUUGCUGCAACUAUCGAAAACUCCAAGAUCAUUUUACAGAUUGACAAUGCCAGGCUGGCAGCUGAUGACUUCAGACUAAAAUAUGAGAAUGAGUUGGCUUUGCGCCAAAGCGUGGAGGCUGAUAUCAAUGGACUGCGCAGAGUCCUCGAUGAACUGACCUUGUCCAGGUCUGAUCUGGAAUUACAGAUUGAGGCCCUAACAGAAGAACUGUCAUAUCUCAAGAAGAAUCAUCAGGAGGAAAUGGCAUCUAUGUCUGGUACAGAAGCUGGACAGGUCACCGUUGAAAUGAACGCAGCUCCAGGCAUUGACCUGACCAAAGUCCUGAAUGACAUGAGGGAGCAGUACGAGAACCUAGCUCAGAAGAACAGGAGAGAUGCUGAAGCUCAGUUUAUGCAGCAGAGCAAUGAGCUGAAGAAAGAGAUCACAGCUGGGGUAGCAGAGGUUCAGACCAAGAGUACAGAGAUUAGCGACUUAAGGAGAACACUUCAAGGCUUGGAGAUAGAGCUACAGUCCCAGCUUGCAAUGAAAAAGAGCCUCGAACAGACCUUAGCAGAAACAGAGGGUCGAUACUGCGCUCAGAUUGCAAAAAUACAGGAGAUUAUUGCCGGGGUAGAAGAACAAUUGUCUCAGCUCAGAUUUGACAUGGAACGCCAGAGUGAUGAGUACAAACAACUUCUGGAUAUCAAAACCAGACUGGAGAAGGAGAUUGAGCAAUAUCGCAUCCUACUAGAGGGAGGAGGGUCCUUGGGAGUCUCUUCAUCUUCGUCCACCACUCAACAGUCUGCAGGUUCAGUGGGAUCCAAAGAUUCAAGCAAAACCAGAAAAGUUAUGACCAUCUAUGAAGAUUUCGUGGAUGGACAAAAGGUGUCAUCAACAAAGUCAGAAAGCGUACACAAAUAUUGA